AUGUCCAUUCCUAUGAACCGCCUGGGCGGUCGCGCGUUUCACCACGCCGACAAUGAUGAUGACGAUGUGGAACGCGAGUACGAUCGCCUCCGCGACCUAGCCCGCGAGGAGGCCAACAAGCGCAACUCCUGCUUCGAGCGCGUCGGUGCCCUCCCCCUCCCCAAUUCCCAGCAGGCAUACCAGUCCGGCGACGGCGCCGCCGCCAAGGAGCUGUCGAACGAGGGCAAGCGCCAUGCCCAGCGCAUGGAUGACUACAACCGCCAGGCGUCCGAGUAUAUCUUCCGGGAGAACAACGCUCCGGGCCGCGUCACGGGCAGCUGCGUCGACCUCCACGGCCAGUUCGUCGAGGAGGCGGAGCGCAUCCUCGAGGACCGCAUCCGCGCCGACCGCGCCCGCGGACAGGACCACCUGCACGCCAUCGUCGGCAAGGGCAACCACUCGACGGGCCAUGUGCAGAAGCUCAAGCCGCGCAUCGAGGAGCUGUGCCGCGAGCUGGGGUUAAACUAUUCGACCGAGGACAAUGCCGGUCGCAUAUACAUCAACCUCCAGGGCGGGGACGCCACGAUGCCGCCGCCGCCCCAGGCUGGCGGUGCGCAUCACGGCGGUCCUGCGGCUGGUCACCACCAGCAACAGCAGCAGCACCAUGGCGGCCAGCAACAGCACUACGGUGGACACCAACAACAGCAGCAUCACGGCGGUCAGCAGCAUCACGGUGGACAGAACCAACAGAACCAGCAACAGGACCAGGUCGAAGACCUCGCCGUCAAGCUCCUCAAGAAGUUGGAGAAGGCGUGCUGCAUCGUCAUGUGA